AUUACUCUCAUCAGGUAUGUCAACGCAGAUAUUCCCCCUGGAGAAGCUAAGUCGAGAUGAGCUUCUGAGUUUGACCGUCAAGCACUCUCACAAUGAGGUGCUGUGGUAUGUGUCAGAAGUCAUCUCUUCGCAGCUCGAGUCGAUCAGGGACACGCUACAAAUAUGUGUAAAGAAUCUAGAAGAAACAAACGACACACAAUACAAAUUGCCACUUUCAUCUCAUAAAUCAGAAGUGCUUAAAGGUACGGUAACUAGGGAAAAUUUCAAGAUUACGGCGUUGCAUAUAGUGAUUAAUAGCAAACAUUCCAAUGGCGGGAAGAAAAUAGAGUUCCAGCUUAAACCUUCCAAAUACUUGAUUGUUCGACAACUUCUAGACUGCCAUGAUGCUAUGGAGAAUGCAAUUUCUAAUCUGGACAAGAUUAUGGAUAACAAUGGACAUGGAAAUAGCGCUGAUCUUUUUGUGAGGUACAUGGAGCAAGUAUGCUCACAUGUCGAUUUGGCACGCCAGUCUCUGUGCAAUCCUGAUUCGGCAUACAUAUUCCCCUCCUACAGGGUGCCUGGGAACUCCUUUGAGCCGCAGCUGCCGAAGACCGUGGCCCUUGACUUUCUUGUGAACGAAGGGGAGCUCACUGUUGAUUUCAAGAGUUUGGAGUUGGUGGAGAAAAAACCAUGGAGCGUCAUAAUGGACAAAGCCAGCCGUCUUUCUUUUGCGGACAUUGUAAGGAAGGAGAUCUCGAAACAACGAGGGAUACCGGUGAACAAGACGCUUUCCGACGAGUAUGCGAAGUAUCUGAAAUGGAGGGAACAGCACCCAGACGACCAGCAAGAGGGAUCCGGGAUUGGGACCACGUUCAAGAACAUAUUUGCUUAUAACUCUGACCCGUCGUUGUCCAGCUUGAUCAAAAGCGCCAACAUGUACCUCGAGCAGUCGGUGACGUUUGUGGACGAUGAAAGUAAUCCUUACGUUGUCCACGUGACCGAGAAGUGUGAAGUUGUGACGUCCGAUCCAGUUCUCUUGUCGAUAUGUGUCAAACUCGAGAGCUUGCAGAAGACAUUACACCGCAUUAGGGAGAAUCUUUCGAACAUUUACGUUUAGUCUAUAAACUCCGGCACUUAAUCAUUUCCAUUCCGUAUACCAAUAACCGUUUCGUAAUACCUUUAAUACACAAUUGUACGAAGAUCAGCCAUUCAACGUUUCUAGCUUGAGUUUCGCUAUCUUCGACUGUUGCUCCAAUAUCAGUCUCUUCUUUUUAUAUUUGCUGAGCAGACCGGCCAACGUGGCGCUGUCCUUCUCGAUGAGCGGCUUCACCACCUUUUGAAUUCUAAGCGGUCUUUGCAGCACUAUGCGCUCCGGCAACACGUCGAACAGCGGCCUUGUGUGCAACGUUUGCUGUAAUCCAGACACGUCUUUGGUUUGUAUGUGUAGCGUUUCGACCGCUUCCUCGAGUGAAGCCAGCGUGCCAUUCAAAAGUCGGACAGAUUCAUCCAGCCUUUCCAUGUUCCUGUCCAAGGCGCCACUC